GCCUGCGCUAGCGGCGGCAGAGGCGGAGGCAGAGAGGAGAGGAGGGCGGAGGAGGCGGAGGAGGCUGCGGCAGAGAAGAAAGUGUCAGAGCCGGUUCGGCUUUAGAGUGUAGUGAAGGAUACUUUUCAUGGUGCAUGGAAGGAAAGCCAAUGCGCAGGUGUACCAACAUUCGCCCAGGAGAGACUGGAAUGGACGUAACAAGCCGCUGCACCCUUGGAGACCCCAACAAACUGCCAGAAGGGGUUCCCCAACCUGCCCGUAUGCCCUAUAUCUCAGACAAGCACCCUCGACAAACCUUGGAAGUGAUUAACCUACUGAGAAAGCACCGGGAGCUAUGCGAUGUGGUGCUAGUUGUGGGCGCUAAAAAGAUAUACGCUCAUCGAGUCAUUUUGUCAGCCUGUAGUCCCUACUUCCGAGCUAUGUUUACGGGAGAGUUGGCGGAGAGCCGUCAGACAGAGGUCGUGAUCCGAGACAUAGAUGAGAGGGCCAUGGAGCUUCUGAUUGACUUUGCGUAUACCUCCCAGAUAACUGUGGAGGAAGGCAACGUUCAGACCCUUUUGCCAGCUGCCUGCCUCCUCCAGCUGGCAGAAAUACAGGAAGCCUGCUGUGAAUUCUUAAAGAGACAAUUAGAUCCUUCUAACUGCCUGGGCAUUCGGGCUUUUGCUGACACACAUUCUUGCCGUGAGUUGCUGAGGAUAGCAGACAAGUUCACUCAGCAUAACUUUCAAGAGGUAAUGGAGAGUGAAGAGUUCAUGUUACUUCCAGCCAAUCAACUCAUUGAUAUCAUAUCUAGUGAUGAGCUGAAUGUUCGCAGUGAAGAGCAAGUAUUCAAUGCAGUGAUGGCGUGGGUCAAGUACAGUAUUCAAGAAAGACGCCCUCAGUUGCCCCAGGUGCUACAGCAUGUCCGUUUGCCCUUGCUUAGUCCCAAGUUCCUGGUGGGCACAGUAGGCUCUGACCCUCUCAUUAAAAGUGAUGAAGAAUGCAGAGACUUGGUGGAUGAAGCUAAAAACUACCUCCUGUUGCCUCAAGAACGACCACUAAUGCAAGGACCACGGACAAGACCACGGAAACCUAUCCGAUGUGGAGAAGUACUCUUUGCAGUUGGUGGUUGGUGCAGUGGAGAUGCCAUUUCCAGUGUUGAACGAUAUGAUCCUCAGACCAAUGAAUGGCGAAUGGUAGCUUCAAUGAGCAAAAGGCGAUGUGGAGUUGGGGUCAGUGUUCUUGAUGACCUAUUAUAUGCAGUAGGAGGCCACGAUGGAUCCUCUUACCUAAAUAGUGUUGAAAGAUAUGACCCCAAAACAAACCAAUGGAGCAGUGAUGUGGCCCCUACAAGCACCUGCAGGACCAGCGUGGGGGUGGCAGUCCUCGGAGGCUUCCUAUAUGCUGUGGGGGGCCAGGAUGGUGUGUCUUGCCUCAACAUUGUUGAGAGGUAUGACCCAAAGGAGAACAAGUGGACUCGGGUAGCGUCAAUGAGUACCAGAAGACUCGGCGUGGCCGUGGCCGUGUUAGGAGGGUUCUUGUAUGCCGUAGGUGGCUCUGAUGGGACAUCUCCACUCAACACAGUGGAGCGCUACAAUCCUCAGGAAAACAGAUGGCACACCAUAGCCCCUAUGGGGACCCGGCGGAAACACCUGGGCUGUGCAGUGUAUCAGGACAUGAUUUAUGCCGUGGGAGGGAGAGAUGACACCACAGAGCUCAGCAGUGCUGAGAGAUACAACCCCAGAACUAACCAGUGGUCUCCGGUGGUGGCCAUGACAUCCCGCCGCAGUGGAGUGGGCCUGGCCGUGGUCAAUGGACAACUUAUGGCCGUGGGAGGUUUUGAUGGCACAACCUACCUGAAGACCAUCGAAGUGUUUGACCCCGAUGCCAAUACCUGGAGGUUAUAUGGCGGGAUGAAUUACCGUCGGCUAGGAGGGGGUGUAGGAGUUAUUAAAAUGACACAUUGUGAAUCCCAUAUAUGGUGAAUAUGUAGAAGACUGUCUUGAACCUGCUUCUCUGUAUUCUGGAGAGCUCUGACUUUGAAGCUUUGUACAGCUUGAGAAAACAUUAGAACAAAUUUUAUUCUUUGCCGGUGCCUCAACAUAUGGGAAUGCAACUCUGAUGACAGUGCUUCACCUGCAAGAUGCCACCUUUGCACAAUAAUUUCCAACUCUGUGCAGAAGAAUAUUUAUUUUUGGUUUUAACUUAUCAUGGUGUUUUGGUUUGGGGGUGUUUGGGGCUUUGGUUUUUUGUUUUUGUUUUUUACUUAUCCUUCCUCCCAAGAAAAGAAGACAACGACUACAGUUCCAAGCUUGCUUUGAUUUUUAAGGAAAACCUUUGAAUAAGACUUUAACCGCACACUGGGCAUGGUGGUGCGCGUCUGUAAUCCCAGCUACUCGAGAGGCUGAGGCAGGAGGAUUGCAAGUUGGAGGCCAG